AAUGAAUGGCUAAGAUUUCUUAUCCACUAGAGAAUCCAGUGUACUCGUCGCUAACUCUCCCUCUCUUUUCACUUGCGACGACUAUUCAGUGUCACCUUGAUUCUUUUGUGUUUGCUUUCCUGAGCAUCUAGCUGGCCAUGGAUACAUCUUCUCUCGUAAUUAAUCAUCACCAGUCUCUGUCUCGCAUCAUCAAACCUCCCUCUGUACCCAAAUGUCGUCCUUUCUCCUCCUUUCAAUCUUUCCCGACCAGACAACUCCUAAACAAGCAGCUCUCUUUCCAAGCUACUACAUCUCCUGCUGCGGUACAAAGAGACAACUACGAAACAGCCUCCUUCGUGGAAGAAGACGACGAAUCAUACGGAGAAGUCAACAGAAUCAUCGGAAGCCGGAUGGCGGCAGGAGGAGGCGGCGCCGCCAUGGAGUACCUGAUCGAGUGGAAAGACGGCCAUUCCCCCUCGUGGGUCCCGUCCAGCUACAUCGCAGCAGACGUGGUGUCCGAAUACGAGACCCCCUGGUGGACCGCCGCGAGGAAAGCCGACGACAAGGCACUCGCUCAGCUUCUCGAGUCGUCCGAAGGUCGCCGCGACGCCGACACGGUAGACGAGAACGGAAGGACGGCGCUUCUUUUCGUCGCGGGGCUGGGUUCCGACAAGUGCGUGAGGCUCUUGUCGGAAGCUGGAGCCGAUCUUGAUCACCGCGACAUCAGAGGUGGCUUAACCGCGUUGCACAUGGCGGCGGGUUACGUGCAGCCGGAUGCGGUGGCGGCGCUGGUGGAGCUCGGAGCGGAUGCGGAGGUGGAAGACGAGAGAGGGUUGACGCCGUUAGAGCUUGCGAGGGAGAUUCUGAAGACGACACCUAAAGGGAACCCGAUGCAGUUUGGUCGGAGAAUAGGGUUAGAGAAGGUGAUCAGUAUACUUGAAGAUCAGGUGUUCGAGUACGCGGAGGUGGAGGGGAUUUUGGAGAAGCGAGGGAGAGGGAAAGACGUGGAGUAUCUGGUGAAGUGGAAGGACGGUGGAGAUUGCGACUGGGUGAAAGGUGUACACGUGGCGGAAGAUGUGGUGAAGGACUACGAAGCUGGGCUUGAGUACGCUGUAGCGGAGAGGGUGAUGGGAAAGAGGAUGGGGGACGAUGGCAAGACUGAGUAUCUUGUCAAAUGGACUGAUAUGGCUGAUGCCACGUGGGAGCCUGAGGAGAACGUUGACACUAGCCUUGUGCAACUCUUUGAACAAGAAGAAGAGGCUCAACUUGUUAAUGGCCCGACCAUUGUGUGAGCUUGAUGAGCUUGGGAACCAUGAUUUUUGUUUUGUUUCUUUCUAUUGAAAUUUUCUUUUUAACUAAAUAUUUCACAAAAAGGCAUUUGUCAGUGAUGUGAUAGAAAAUUUGCUGAGAUUGGAACACUUGGUGAAUUCUAAUUCCUCUGCUGAGAUUAGAACAAAACUAGCUCAAUCCAAGCUCUGUUUGUACAUUCUUGCAAAUGCCAUCAAUUGAUAUUUGUUCUUCUAUGCCAA